CUGCUCGGCCCCGCUCCCAGCCCCGAGCUGGUCUGACAGGCUCGGGGCAGACGGGAAGGGAGAGGCCUCCGGCGGCUCAGGAAUGCACAGCCCUUAUCUCUGGCUCCCUGCGCCUGGGGAGGGAACAGCUCUCCGGAGUUUGCCUUUCUCUCGCUCUUACUCACCCCCGCUCUGCCCUGGGUGGAGCCUCACUCUCCAGGCUCCCAGGUGAAUCAGGUUGCAGGCACGUCCAGGUGAGCAGAGAGUGACCCACCACCUGCCCCGGCUCACCUGGGAAGGCAGGAGAAGGGCAGGGACCUCGUGGGUACCUGCAUGGCCACCUGAGUCAGAGUGACCCACCACCAGCCCGGCUCCCCUGGGAAGCUCUCCCUCCCCUCAUGGCUCGUCGGUCCCAAAGCUCCUCGCAGGGGGACAAUCCCCUUGACCCCAACUACCUUCCCCCCCACUACAAGGAGUAUUACCGCUUGGCGCUGGACGUGCUCACAGAGGAGGGCAAGGAGAGUUACCAGCGCUUCCUGGCAGAGGAGGCAGCCCCCGACUUCCUCUGCGGCUCCGAGGUGGAUCACAUCAUCCAGAACCUCCAGAAGCCCCAGUAUGCCAACCAGGAGGGCAGCACAGACACCACAGGGGACAAUGACAUGGACGGAUCCUCCGGGACUUACUGGCCCAUGAACUCAGACCUUGCCGUUCCUGAGCUUGACCUGGGCUGGCCAAUGGUCUUUGGGUUCAGGGGAACAGAGGUGACAACCCUGGUGCAGCCACCUCCCCCGGACAACCCCAGCAUUAAGGAGGAGGCUCGCAGGAUGAUUCGAGCAGCUCAGCAGGUGGUGGCCAUCGUGAUGGACGUUUUCACAGACGUGGAUCUACUGUUUGAGGUGCUGGAUGCUGCUUCUCGACGAGUGCCUGUCUACAUCCUGCUGGAUGAAAUGAACUCCCAGCUUUUCCUUGAUACAGCUGCCAAGUGCAGAGUCAACCUGAACUAUGUGGAGUUCCUGAGGGUGAGGACAGUGUCUGGCCCAACUUACUACUGCCGCACGGGGAUGUCCUUCAAAGGGCACCUGAAGGAGAAGUUCCUGCUGGUGGACUGCAUGGUGGUACUCAGUGGCAACUACAGUUUCAUGUGGUCCUUCGAGAAGAUCCACAGGAGCAUCGCGCACAUCUUCCAGGGCGAGCUGGUGGCCAGCUUUGAUGAGGAAUUCCGCAUUUUGUUUGCACAGUCGGAACCUCUCGUUCCUCCAGCCAAUGUCCUGGCAAAGGCAGAGAAUGCCUUCGCCAUGGCUCCCUUUGGCAAUAACAUGCCUUUCUUUCCCAAAAAAGGCCCCCUGAUGUUCCAGAGGGAUGACAGUCUCUUCCCCUCCUUCAUGGACAGAGUGGAUCCGGACAGGUACUUCCUCUCCAAUUUUCGGCGGGAUGACAUGCUGCGGCACACCGUGGAGGGGUCAGCCAUGCGGAUGUAUAAAAAGGUGGAAAUGGAGAAUUCCCAGAUGGAUCCGGUCAGGGGCUUCCUCCGUUCCAAGCAGCUAGAGCUGGAUGCCUUUAAGAGACACAGUUUUGCAGAAGGAACAUUUGAAAAUUUUGCUUCUUCCAAGCAGUAUGCCCGGCAGAUGUUCAUGAACAACAUGGAUGAGUUCAAAAUCCAAUCCAGUCAUUUCCAGAAGGACCAGUUCUACCAGUACCAGUUUGAACAUCCCCAUCUCUCUGGCAGACCUCAGGGAUUCUUUGACAGGAUUCGAGGGGGAAGGCCGGGAUUCAAUGAACUGGAAGACUAUGGAGAGGGACCCCGAUACCCUGAACUGGAACCCAGUUUCUCACAGGAAGGUUUCCCCUUACGGCUGGAUUACGUACCCUCAAAUUCUUCCAGGGAGGUGAGACACGGCUCCGACCAGCUGAACCCUGCAGGCAAUGGCCCGAUGGGAAUGAUGUUACGGAGGCAGAAUAUAGGACAGAAAUUCAUUUGCCAGACUUCUCCCACGCAGAAGCAGAGCCUGGAGCAGCGCUUGUUCCUACAGGACAAGGACGAGGACCAGGACGAUGACAAGAACACACAGGAAAACAGAACAGGGUUACGGAACUGGAGGAUAUCUUCGUACCUCAGCGCGUACCAGUCUGAACCGGAUGAAGGGCUCCCAAUGCCGAUGGAGUCCGAGGCGUAUAAUGAUGCUCUUGGGGAUCCCCUCCCAAAGCACCCCGCUGACCUCAUCCCAGCCUUCAAAUCCCCCACAUCUUUCAAUAGCAAGGCACUGGGAAUUGACAGUGCCAAGGAAUUUGCGGAUCCUGAUAGAGCAGGUGAAGAAACCUCGAUAAUGAAACCAGAUGCCUUCAGGUCCAGGAUAAAUCCCUUGAUCCAGAGGAGUUCCAGGCUCAGGUCCUCUCUGAUUUUCAGUGCUGCCAAAUUAGAUCAGCCCAACACCACAAUAGAAAAGGUGCAGAUGAUCCAAAAAGAGCAGAUGUCCAGUGAGGUGACGAAGGACAAUGAAACCAUCAAGACGGCCACCUCCUCCAAAGUGGCUGAGCUGCUGGAGAAGUACAAAGCCGUGGGCAAGGACACAGAGCGGGGCACAGUCACCCACACCAAAGCUGUUUCAGGUUACCUACAGGAGGAAUCACAGAACACGGAGAAGAAAUGUACCAAAUCCGUGCAAUAUAAGAUUCUGGAGAGCAGGGUGCUGGACUCCAAAGACUCCUGCAGUACUUACAAAAUGCACGGAGAGUUGGACAGAGCAUUCGGAAUGGCCUCAUCCACCCCCCAGCUUGGGGAUGCAUUGAGUAAGGAUCCCCUGGCACAUCUUGGCACUAAGGUGGACAAGCUGUCAUCUCGGUUUUACCCGAUUGAGAACAAACCUGCUCUUCCAGAGAAGGAGAGUCUGAUAUAUGUAGGAGACACUCAGAAAUUGGCUCUUCCAGAGAAGAAGGACAGGGUGACCUUCAGAGAAGACACUCCAAAGUUAGUCAACACAGAAAUGAAGAAACCACAAGUUAGGACAAGUACCACAUCCUCAGCUCUGGAAAGCCUGUCUAGGAGUCCAGGGUCUGACAGCUCUCUCAAUAAAUCUGAGGAAGACUGUUCAAAACAAGAGCAAAAUCCCAUGGAAUUUUUAAGAAAAGGGUCACUACGACUGAAGCAGCUUUUAAACCCAAAAGGUGAAAAGAAGUUUGAGGAGGAACCCGCUUCUGAGAGUGGAAAAUGUGACAAGCAGGCAGUGGUGCUCAAACGAUCGUCCAUAGGGGACUGCCAGGAAGCAAUGGAAGAAGAAAAAUCCCACAAAUUCGCAGCACCGCUCCCCCCCAAGAGCAGCCAGACAACGCAGGGGAGGUUCCCUUCCUCCACAGCCAACAUCCUGUACAGCAGCAACCUGCGUGACGACACCAAGGUGAUCCUGGAGCAGAUCUCUGCCAACAGCCAGAAGAACAGAGCCGAGCUGGCCAAGCAGCUGCCAUCCACCAGCAACCCUGACCUCUCCAGGUCAACCAUGAGCUUGGAAAGAAAAGGGGAGAAGGAGAAAAGCUGCAACAUCCACAGGUCGGAGAGCUUUGGGAGCCAGAAACGGAACUUCCAGCGGCAGCCGUCGGAGGACAGAGACACCCUCCUGAAAAAAAUGGAGAACAUGCGGAAGGAGAAGCGAGUCUACAGCAGGUUCGAGGUGUUCUGCAAGAAGGACGAACACACGAGUCCGAGUGAAGAGGAAUAUGACACAGAUGCCAAAGACAAGAAGAUGGGAAAAUUCAUGCCCAAAAUCCUGGGGACCUUCAAGACCAAAAAAUGAUCGUAAAAAUCCUAUUUAAUUCCAUUUAAUCACUGACUGUCACAGGGGAAGGAGGAAGAAACUUGUUUAUGAUGACUACAAACCCCACAGGCAAUGCUCUUCUGGGUAAGUGAGCAGAAACAUGUCCAGCAUGAGCCUCCCACGGCACAGUUCGCUCCAUAAAGUCAGGUGGUAUCAAACAACCUUAUUACACUAUGUUCCUAAUAAAAUUAUUGAACUGCCAA